GUAAUCUCCUUUCCAGAAGAACCUUCCAUCUCUCUUCAACGUUUGCCGUUCGUACACUCGUUUAUACAACAACGCUGCCAUUACUCUCGUUAACACUCAGGAUGCGUUGGAUUUCUAUCGCCGCUGUCCUCGGCGCUGCGCUGCUCCCUGCUAGUGCUCGUCCGCAGUGCCGUCCCGAUCGAUCGACUACGACUGGUCUGCCUUCGACUACAGCGACCACGAGCGUUGAGACUCUUAGCACUGACUCCGCGACUGCCACUGAAACCUCGGCAAUUGAGACCACGGCUACAUUCGUGACUACUGUCACCGAUUCCGAGACCGCUACUGCCACCACGGGCUUCACUACUGUUACUUCUGCGGCUACCAGCGAAGCUACGACUGCCGAGGCUACGACUACUACUUCCGAGGCUCCUGAGGUUACCAAUUACCUCCAGAACGGCGACUUUGAGGAUAGCCCUAACACCGAUUGGAGUCUCCGAACCAGUGACAUCAAGAACGACCCUGAGCGAUCUCGCUCCGGCAACAAAUACGUGCAAUAUGAUGUCAACGACUCCGAAGCCGUCGGAGGCAACCAACUGAACCAAACCAUCAAUGACCUCAGCACCGAGCGACUCUAUCGUCUUACCACCUACGCCACUGUUUUCAACAGUCCUGCGCCUGUCAAGGACGCUAGCACCAUCUGUGUUAUACAGGCGCUGCAGGAGAGUAGCAUAUUGUCUCAGUGGCGCCUCGACUUCACGGAUUUGGGUACAUAUAAGCCGCUCUUUGUGGACUUCACGCCCUUUGAUGAGGAUAUUACGAUUACAAUGAGACUUCGAUGCAGUGCUGGAAAGAAGGUUACUCUUUCUGUUGGUCUGGAUGAUGCUUCUUUGUACGAUGUUGGUCCUAAGCUGGUUGGCUAAACCACUGCCCGCUACCGAUUAUCAUAGUCAACUUCGAGAUCCAGACGGAGGAACUCAUCAAGGCAAGUUUGAGCCUCAAUCUAGUAAGCGUAGGCUGUAAUAGAGGUCUCGCUAUGACAUUUACUUUUCUUCUCUAUGGUAGAAACGAUUAUAUAUAUAUACCACUUAAUCUUAC